CUUGUCAAAGAUAUAUUCCUGAAUGCUGAAUAGCCAGAGCCUUCUUGGCAAGUGAUUGCAGAAAUGUUCGAAAGACCAAAAUUUGCCCGUACCAUCACAACUGAAUUUUGGUUGUUAGUUGGCCUUCUCUACCUAUUCACCGACAAACCCAGUUUGAUUUCCGCAUCUGGGUUUGUUGAAAACUCAUAUUCUAUACAGUUGAUAUGACUCGAGAUAUAAUUGUUUAAAACACAGUGAGUAAGCUUUCUUCAAAAUAUUUGAAAUACAGAAUAGAUCUGAAGAUCCCAAGAAGCAUAUAGCUCAAAAAACUCAAUUUAAGGCUGCAAUUAUUGUAAUAAAAGGAACACAAGAUUAUCCCCUACCUGUCGAAUCAAAUAUAAAAGAAAUAGGUAAAAGCUAAUGGUGGAUAAGAAUCUGUAAUUUGGUAGAUACAAAACAACUGUUUAUGACGAGAUAUAGGUAUGCUUGAUGAUCUAACCAAAACCUCCACUUAAUCAGAUACGGUCUUCUCAAAAUUUUGGUCGUCUUGUACAUAAAAAAUUGUUAAAUCCCUGACAGGAGGGCAUUUCUUGUUUUGAUAAAAAUGGGGCGUUUUAGUGUAUAUAUAUCCUUAACUCUCCGCCCAUGUACUUAUUCAUGUGAUCAGAGAAUUUUUUUGUGUUCUUCACCUCUCUUCUAUAGACAGACGAUUCAUAUUCUUAUUACAAUCCGGCUUAUAAGUUGGUUGAAUUUAAUUCUUCCAUUCGAUAAACCAUGGAGAAAGGUGAUUCGAGUCAUAGCCAUGGACAUGAGAAUGAUAUGUUAGAUCCACUUCUGGCCACGGAGGAUACAGUUGUAUUUGGGGAUGAGCAGGAUGAAGUGAAGUACAGUGGAGCUCUAGUAUGGGAGGAAGUAAAGAAACAAUGCUGGCUAGCAGGGCCUAUGGUGUCUGUGAGUUUGUUACAAUAUAGCUUGCAGGUUGUAUCUGUUAUGGUGGUAGGGCAUUUAGGGGAGCUUGCGCUGUCUAGUGCAUCUAUUGCUACUUCCUUUGCAAGUGUCACCGGCAUCACAGUACUGAUAGGAAUGGGAAGUGCGUUGGAAACACAAUGUGGACAGGCCUAUGGGGCAAAGGAAUAUCAUCUGCUUGAGAUUUAUGUGCAGAGAGCAAUUUUUGCUCUUUUCUGUGUGAGCAUACCGCUUGCUGUGGUGUGGGCUUACAUGGGCAACAUACUAAUUGCAUUUGGGCAGGACCCUUUAAUAUCUUUUGAAGCAGGUAAAUUUGCCAGAUGGCUGAUUCCCAGUCUGUUUGCUUUUGCAGUUCUUCAACCCCUUGUAAAAUUUCUCCAGUCACAAAGCAUUGUCUUUCCCAUGAUGCUAUGCUCUGCAAUUACUUUGUGCUUCCAUGUUCCCAUGUGCUGGGUUCUGGUAUUUAAAACUGGAUUAGGUAGUAAAGGGGCUGCCUUGGCGACCAGCAUUUCCUACUGGGUCAAUGUGGCACUUCUCUUACUAUAUAUAUACAUCUCGCCUCUAUGCAAGAAGACAUGGACAUCCUUUACCAGGAAGGCUUUGUAUGAUAUUACAGAUUUUCUCAAGCUUGCCAUUCCAUCUUCACUGAUGAUCUGUUUGGAGUAUUGGUGCUUUGAAAUGCUUGUUCUCUUGUCAGGCCUGUUGCCCAAUCCAAAAAUUGAGACAUCAGUUCUUUCAAUCUGCGUUAACACUGGUUCUCUAGCAUAUAUGAUUCCCCUUGGUUUUGGUGCUGCUGUAAGUACACGAGUUUCAAAUGAAUUAGGAGCUGGGCAUUCACAUGCUGCCCGCUUGGCAGUGUAUGUGGUUUUGUUUAUGGCAAUCACGGAGGCAGUCCUGAUGGGAUGCCUUUUAUUCUCUCUACGAAAUGUUUGGGGCCAUGCUUACAGCAAUGAAAAGGAGGUUAUUGAUUAUGUUGCAAGCAUGAUCCCACUGCUAGCAGCUUCCUCACUUUUGGAUGGAAUCCAAGGCACUCUUUCAGGCAUUGCUAGAGGAUGUGGGUGGCAAAGUUUGGGUGCUUACAUUAAUCUUGGGGCAUUCUACAUAGUCGGCAUUCCUAUAGCUUUCCUUUUUGCCUUUGUACUGCAUGCUGGUGGCAGGGGACUCUGGCUGGGAAAUAUCUGUGGCCUUUUUGUACAAACAGUUUUACUAUUCCUCGUAACUUCAUGUACAGAUUGGGAACUUCAAGCAAGAAAUGCAAGAGAAAGAGUAUAUACAUCAGCAUCACAUGCAGCUACUGUUGAUAUAAUAAAGGAUGAUAAAGAUUAUGAACCUUGAUGCUGACAAGUUUUGUAGUCAAUUUUUGAACUCUUGAACACACAAGGUUGAAUUUUGGUUUCCUUGAAUUCUAAAAUGUGUUGAGGUGCUUCAGCUGUAAUUGCAAUGCCAUUGUUAAUGAGACAUUUUCCUUUAUUUAUUUAAUAUGUUUGAGAGAUGGAAAAAGUGGCUAUCAUUUUUUUGGAAAGAGUGGUUCCUUGCAAGUUGCAAGUGAAUGGCAAGUACUUAUCAAAUUCAAAUCAAUGUUUACAAGGACCAUGUAAUUCUUCA